UCCUCUUGCAACACAGUCGUGUACGAAGUCCAAGUUUCCCUGGCCUGGCUCUGAACGGUCCCUGGGGGAAGGUGACAGACACUGGGCGGAACCUCGGGGCCGGCCGGGAAGGACGCGAGCUCCAGAGGGAUCUGCCCCAAAGCUUGGCAGCAGCGGCGAAACCAGUCGCCUGGGGUGGCCAAGCUGGAGAUGGAAGUGGAAUUCCGUGGGUUUGGGGCCCCGGCUGCCGCACAGCGGCUCCUCCAGGCCGAGACCCCGACGCAGAAUGAACAGAAGGCGGCGACCUCCCGGAGGAGCGGCCGGGCCAGGAGCGAGCUGCGCUGGUUCUCCACCGCGGUCCUGUAUGCCGCCUUCCUGGGGCUGGGGGUGACCGUUGCCAUAUUGGGACCCACAUUUCCAGACCUGGCAAGAAAUGUGAACCGGGACGUCAGCAGCCUUUCGGAAAUAUUCGUGGGCCGUGCCCUCGGCUACUUGUGUGGCUCCGUGGUGGGCGGGGUGCUUUUCGACUGCAUGAAUCACUUUUUGCUUUUGGGGGUAUCCAUGGUGGCUACCACAACUGGUCUUUAUCUCAUUCCUUUCUGCAAGACAGCAACAUUACUGAUUGCCAUGAUGUCUGUAUUUGGUGUUUCAUUUGGCGCUCUGGAUACAGGUGCAAACGUCCUCAUCUUGGACCUUUGGGGGGACAAAGGAGCCCCACACAUGCAAGCCUUGCACUUCAGUUUCGCCUUGGGUGCCUUCCUGGCUCCCCUGCUGGCUAAAUUGGCCUGGGGUGCAUCAGCCUCCACUCAGAACCACACAGAGCCCGGCUUUGACCCUCUAGUGAUGAACCGGUCCUCUGAAGCCACCUCAGACUCUCUGUUUGCGGUACCCGAGGACAUGAACCUGCUGUGGGCUUACGCUUCCAUCGGAACCUAUGUUUUAGUAGUUUCUGUCUUUCUGUUUUCUUUGUUUUGUAAGAAAAGCUCAAGGCAGAGAAAUUCCACAGCGUCUGUUCAGAGAACUCGAAGAGCUAAAUAUCACAGGGCCCUGCUCUGUCUCCUCUUCAUCUUCUUCUUCUUUUACGUUGGAGCCGAGGUGACCUAUGGCUCUUACGUGUUCUCCUUCGCGACCACCCAUGUUGGCAUGGAAGAAAGCGAAGCAGCUGGCUUGAACUCCAUCUUCUGGGGGACCUUUGCUGCCUGCAGGGGCCUGGCCAUCUUCUUUGCAACAGUCCUACAGCCUGGAACCAUGAUUGUGUUGAGUAACAUUGGCAGCCUUGUCUCAACUUUCUUUCUGGUGCUUUUUGACAAGAGCCGUCUUUGUCUGUGGAUUGCAACUUCUGUGUAUGGAGCCUCGAUGGCAACCACAUUUCCCAGUGGCGUUUCCUGGAUUGAGCAGUACACCAGCAUCAGUGGAAAAUCUGCAGCAUUCUUUGUGAUUGGUGGUACCCUGGGAGAAAUGGCGAUUCCUGCAGUAAUUGGGAUUCUUCAAGGACACUACCCAGAUCUGCCAAUAGUUCUGUACACCUGUCUGGGGUCGGCCAUAUCCACUGCUGUUUUGUUUCCCGUGAUGUAUAAAUUAGCCACCUUACCUCUGUAAUGUGAAUCAAAAGAAAAAAAUCUCAGGGGCCCAGAACAUUUUGCCCUCCAAGUUUGGCCCAUAAAGAAAAGACAAGUGGAAAGAUGAGGGCAGGUGAAUGAAUUUUGGAUUCUGGCGUUGUUGAACAAUGCAGUGAGGCAAUUGGUAGUUAUCCAGAAACAUCUGGUGGAACCCACAGUUAGUGUCCUCCCAGAUUCCUCUCAGUACAGUGAUUUAGAUAAACAGUUUGGUA